ACAAAAUUCGCUGCAGUGCGCAGUACAAAAAUGGAUGUAAUUGGAUUUAAACACACAAUUUUACACCCAGGAUGGUACAGGAGGGAUUUAUAGGAGCCCGUAUAAAAUUUGCACGACUGACGUCCGUCAUUAUUUGCUUAAUAUAUAAUACUAGCUGACCCGGCGAACUUCGCCCCGCCCAAUUUUUAUUUUUUUUGGAAGUCAUAGACUCGUAUAACUUUACCACAAAUAAUAUAAACUUCAAACAACGUAUUUUCAUUUAAUGUUUUUAAUGUUUGUAGCGCCAUCUACUGUAACAUACCGCACUCAAUACCGCUGUUAGCGCCACCAACUGGUGGAUAGCUCUUUGCUAAUAAUAAACAAAUAAUUUGCAAUAAAUAAAUAAUGCGACUAUAAGGAGAAUUAUAAACUAUCCUAUCUUUCAAGUUGGACCAAACUGCACACAGUGUUAAAAAUUUCAUUAAAAUCGGUUCAGUAGUUUAGGAGUCCAUCGCAAACAAACAAUGUGACACGUGAUUUUUAUAUAUUAAGAUUAUAACCAACGCCUCGAAGUAAGUCUUUGGCAUUCAUCUUUGCAAGCUGUAAGGGUAUAAAAUGUUCGGUUACACUCGAACUUGACCUCUCUUACCGUUUAUCAAUUUAUUUUGUAAUAAACAGUACCUGUAUUUUGUUUUUAUUCUCUUGCAACCAGCUGCUACAGAGUGUUAUAAUUUUUUUCACCUAACGGUUGCACGAAUCAUCUAAAACUAAUCGAGAUAGGUAUAGGGUUAUGCAUAUAUGUAUAUAUAAAUGAUCAGGAUGACGGGAAAAGUUGAAAUCCGGUUGACUGUCUGACUGCCCGUCCGUCCGUGCAAGCUGUAACUUUAGUAAAAAAUGAGAUAUCUCGAUGAAACUUGGUAUGUGAGUUCAUCAGUACAAAAAAAAAAAUUCAAAUUCGUAGAUGGGUUUAAUCGGUAAGUAACUAAGAUAUAAAGUUGUAAUUUGGUACAGAGGAUCGCUGUAGGAAGGGGCAUCUGUCGGCAAAAUUUUUCGGAAAAGUGGGCAAUGCCCAACAGCUAGAACAACCAAAUUUGCUGAGUACAAAUUUAUAAGAACUUCUAUCGACUUCUACCUAACCCCGCUUGCUCCCCAUAUAACGGUACUGAUAAAAACUACUAAAAGCACGAUAAAUCAAUAACUAAAUACAACAGAGUCAUUAAGUUGUACAACCGGGAUGGUAUGAGAGAGCUCUAUCGAAGCCGGUGUGAAAAUGGGGCGUUGGGCGUGACACCGCCCACUUUUUGGUGAAAUCCCAUACGAGUAUCUCGGUACGCCACCAACUACAAAAUUUAGUACGUGGCAUCCUUCUUACAUUCUUAUUCUACUUUUCACAAAUUAAGAAACAAUUAAUAUAACGAGAUAAAACUCUACACGAAUAAUUUCUUUAGUGUGUGCCACCUUAUGGCUAUAAAUUGUUUAAAACUAAUAAAAACCGUUCAAAAACCGAAUAUUUAGACUAUGACACCCAGAGUUGACGUUUGAUCAAAAAUAUCUGUCAAUGUGAAAUUAAGGGAUAAUCCUUCUCUUAUAAUAGUAUGUCUGUACGGCAAAAAUGGGUUAAAUUGUACCAAAUCUUCCCUUAGCCCCCAUACUCGUAUACCUAAUAGAACUAUUGAUAUGUGAGUUAUCUCAAUGAAAAUAAUAGAGCAUGUUUUAUUUAUAACAGUGUAUCUUUGUGUCUAAAGUAGAUAAUUUUGAUUUUGUUAAAAUAGAGUAGAUUUGAGGAAUUUUAAAGUAUUUCCCUGGCUUUGAUUCUUGAAAGUUGCAAAAGUAUAAAAUGUUCGGUUGCACUCGAACUUAGCCCUUCCUUACUUUUUAAAUUAUUAUUUCAUUUCACAUUUUUACUUUCAAUCAUCACGUUUACGCUGUGGGAGAUGCGACAAUGAGUCGCAUCAUAACAGAUAGAAGAACACAAAAUCACUCCUAAUUAAAACGAAGAUGGCUUGCGAAUCAGCACCAAUUAUUAUUUAUAAAUGGUUUUCUCAAUAAAACUUUGGCCCAUUUGGAGCAUUUUCCGUGUGCAUAGCACAUCUGUUUUCUCCCAACAUUUUCAUCAGCUUAAUGUAAAUUAAAACCAAUGUCUUAUUAGAAAAUCACAUAAUUAUAUUUGUUCGCCUAGUCGUUCUGCAACGGGACCAGUUAAGAAAUAAUUGGUAACUUUUUACAUAAGCCGAAUAUUUGAGUACUGUAGAAAAAAAUACAUUUAAAUAAUUUGUAUGCAAAUACAAAUGUUAAAUUCUUUCGUUUAACCCUUAUGUGAGCUCCCAGUUUUAGCCACGUUAAUGGGCACCCAUGGUACCCGGGUACCCACUGCUAUACUCGUAUAUAAUAAAAUACUUUCUAAGUUUGGAAGCGAAUGAAAUUCUGAAAAAAAAUUUAAUAAUUCUUUUAAGAGAAUAUAACGAGUAUUUUAUCUGCGUUUGACUCUUGUCGCACAUUUCGUUUUUCUGGAAGAGAAAUCGGGAUAGGGAUUUCCCACGCUCUGCACGGCACGACGUGUUCGAAAUGUUUGUAGUUGGGUUAGUAUCGAAGAAUAGACUUAUUUCAGUGAGUGAGUGAGUGAGGCAGCUUGGCAACUGUGAAUCAGUGAGAAGUGAACAGUUGAUGAGGAAUGUCGUGUAAAGCACGAAAAGUCGACUGCGCCGAUGAGCAUAGAGCGGCUUUGCGUUAGAAUCGACAUUAUUAACUAUUAAUCGAACACUUUGUGGACUCAAUCGAGCAUUUAUGAGAGAUAAUAAUUGACAGUUCGUAAUGGAACUUUAUCUAUCACGUUAUUAAUUCGGAAGGUGAGCAUAAUUUUGUCCAAUAACAUUUCGACUUUCACUGUACUUUUACUAAUUGGUUACUAAUUUAGAUUGACUCGUUCUAAAAAGAAGGAAUGUCUGGAUAAUUUACUCGGAGAAGAAGAUAAGAGCUCAGAAUAUGAAGAUGAGGAUUGGCUUCCACGCUCUGCCACAGCGAAUAUUCCAGCAACAGAUGCUGCCACUGCAACCGAGGCGUCCGAAAGGGGAGGAGGGGAGAUGACCAAUGGUCAGAAGACUAUAGAAAAUGCCGAUGAAUACGUUGCGAAAGGUAAAACUGUCUGGUAUAAGAAGCCAUCUGAAAUUCGUCAAACUGCUUCUCACCAGGGUUGGGCAUUUUUGCACUACCACUAAUUUGCACUACCACUAAAUAUUUAGUGAUAGUGAAAAACAAAUUGCACUACCACUAAAUCUUUAGUGAUAGUGAAAAACAAAUUGCACUACCACUAAACCUUUAGUGAUAGUGAAAAACAAAUUGCACUACCACUAAAUAUGGAUCGUACCGUAUUCGCCACUAUUGUCUAAUUCACAUUCAAAACUCAUGCCAAUGUUUGAUAUUGUAGUUUGGUGAAAUCGACUUUUCCGACUGUUGUGCGUUUCGCAGUUCAUUUGGAGAAUGGCUAAAGAGUGUUUUUCAACCCAGAGAAUACAGUACAGCCAGCGGAAACACUUCCAACAACAAAAUUUACAUUGAUGAGUUUUUUCUCCACUUGCGUCAGUGAUUCGUUGUGAGAACAUUGCUCUAUUUGGAAAUGCCUUGAUAUUAUGCAUGGAAUGCAUCGCCGAAGAAAUAGGUACGCAGAAAGCAAGGCCAACCAAUAGAUUGACAUCCAGACGAUUGCUAAUACCUUCGAUUGCUAUUAAUAAAUAUACGUCGUUCAGUUUGAUUUGAGUCAUUGCGAAAACUUUUGGUGGUCAUUUCGACAUAUCAGCCUUCAAAUCCGAAUACGAACAAAAUUACAAAAUUGCCGAAGACAUUUUACAUCGUAUUCGAUAAGAAUUGGAAUUAGGCAAAUUUCGUUUCCAGUGGUUUGAUAUCAAUUCCACCUGCCUUUUGUCAAUUUACUUCAACGAAAUGUGAACUCAUCACGAAUGUUUAUGCUACAUUUGCCAAAUAUCGUAACUACGAUUGCAUGAAUGCGUGCCAGUUAUACGUGGCGUGUUCCCGAGUUGGAAAACCAUCUUCUCUACAUUUACGCUCCGGAAUAGAAACUAAAAAAUGUUGUUUAUCAAACUGCGUUACAUUGAAAAAAAUUUAGAAAAAUCAAAAAUAAAAGAUUUUUAACACAACGUAAAUUCAACUUUCCUUUCAUUUCAAAACACAUAAUUUCACGCAGGACAACGUAUGCGGGGUCAGCUAGUAAUAAAUAUAUUACUGGUGUUUCAUUGAAGACCGUUCAUCAAACAAGCAAAUAAUGCGGAAUUAUUUUAGCAAAAUCGCGAUCGAAAGCGUGCUCGGAUUUUCGCUCAUCCUUGUCACUGUUGCUGAACAAGAAAUUGAGCCUCGCGACAGCUCUGGUAGGAAAAAAGUCACUGGUUCUUGUCACGUUUGUUACCAACUGACAAUCAAAAGGCGAAGAAAAACUCGAAAAAGUUGUACUAAUUGGAAAAGGACUGUGUGCGAUGAACACUCUAUAUCGCAACUAUGUAAUAUGUCCUGAUUGUUCUGAAUAAUUAAUGAAGACUUAAUAAAUUUAUAUUGCCAAUUCAUGUAAUUAUUUAUUUAUUAUUAAAACAUUUAUCAGUAUUGAAUCUCAUUUACAGAUGAUUGCGUGGUUUUUCAUAUAGUGGGUACCCGAGAUUCCUAAUUUCAAACAUAUUUUUCAACUUCAUAAAAUUUUUUUUUCAAUUUUGAAUACUGAAAUAGCUUUGUUGGAAGUUAAAUCGCAAGGAUCCGGAAGCUCAGUUUGAAAACAAAAUUUCACCGAAUUACCAGCAGAAAAGUGUGGUGGUGGACACCCGGGUACCCGGGCAGUACAUAGCAUGUACUACAAACCAAUAUUUUAAGUAGAUUGCGCCGGUACUUGAUACGUUGCUUAACAGCUACUCAUGGUUUCCUCUCAGUUAAUUUCAUGUGACUUAUUGUGUUCACUGUGAAAUUGUGAAAAAAAAUAACUUAUUUGUUUUCUAACAUUUCAAUUGGAAACCAUCAAAUCAAUCACGUGUAUUGUGCAAAUUUUUAUUAAAUUUCAUUUGUCUUUAAGGUGGUAAGUUGAACUGUGUAAAUUAUAUGGAUCGUGCAUUUGAGGUUAAAUUCACCACUCUGUCCAUAGUCCAAAAUGCCUUGAAGACGACGUGUGACAUCGGCCGCCGCUCAAGACAUGCAAGCCAGCAACAAGUGUAUUCACAGAACUUAAGCGAAGAAAGACAAAAUAUAAUAAGAAAAAAUGCCCGAUUGAGACAACGCGUGAGGACACGAGGAUCAUUGGCAUUGGCCGAUAUUGCAAUGCGUUGAAGUUCAAAAGAGAAACCACUGGACUGUGCUGCGCUAGUGGAAAAGUCAAACUGGAUCCAUUACUUGCACCACCACAGCCACUGAAACCAUUGUUCGAUGGAAGUGAUCCCGAUUCCAGCCAUUUUCUUCAACACAUCCUUGAAUACAAUAACUGUUUUCGUACGACUUCCUUUGGAGCUAAUAUCAUUCGAGAAGGCGGCUUCAUGGCGACUUGCAAGAUAAAGGACAAAUAUGUAUAUAUAUCAUUUGCAUGGUUCAAUGGUGCCAACACCAGAUGAAUCGCAUCAAUUUCUGCAAAUAUAGUUCAUUUCGUUGAUGGUGGAUCAGCUGAAUGUACGGUGCAAUAUACAGGGAAAAUAACAGUUAAAGAGACGAAUUAUCGAACAGUUGCAAGCAUUUUUUCACGCUAAUAAUGCUGUGGUUAAUAUGUUCAAAACAGCAUUGGAACGAAUGCCAUCGGAUACGCACAAAUUUGUCAUAAGAGCGGAUUGUACCCCAACAGGUGAACAUGUGUGAAGAUUCAAUACACCCACCCUUUUUGCUGCAAUUAUUGUUGGCGAUCCAACUAAAUCGUGAGACAUUGUCGUUCAUCCAAUCAUUUAUUGACAAGGGCAAGACGGAUACGACAUCACGUUGAAGAUGGUCGAUCCAAUUACAGGUACAAUAUUUACACACUAAUUAUUGCUAUUAUAAAAAUAAUAAUCUAAAUAAAAAUCUAAGCGCAAUGAAUUACUAUGCGUAUCGUAUGAUGAUUCGUAUGCAUUAGGAGAAUUCCAGCAAUUCGCUCUCGAUAUGUACAUAUGUCAAAGUCGAGACCGAACGUUUAGCGUUCAUCCGAUUCAAUCAGGCAAAGCUACGAUCUGAGGACUAUAUAUACUUGCAUGAUGCUAUUCAUUCAGAUGGUGAUAUUCAUAAUAUUGGACGUAUGACGAUUCUCCCAUCAUCUUAUAUCGGAAGCCCACGCCACAUGCACGAAUACGCUCAAGAGGCUAUGACGUACGUGUGAAAUUAUGGAACUCCGGAUUUAUUUAUUACGUCCACAUGCAAUCCUAAAUGGACGAAAAUUGAACGUGAGUUGGAACCGGGACAAAAACCAGAUGUGAAAUGAAAUAUAAUUUUUCCUUCUCAAAUAUAAAACAAAAAAAAAUGUUCUUCAUAUUUUAAUCAAAACGAAAUGUUACUUAAAACGAAGCCAUCUGAUGGCGAAACGGAGUUCGCCGAGUUUGCUAGUAUUAACUAUAAUAAAAAAUACUUCCCAACAUUUUCAAAUUAUAAUUGAGUUGUGAACACUUUUUAUACCUUGAACAGGGUAUAUUAAGUUUGUCACGAAGUUUGUAACACCCAGAAGGAAGGGUCGGAGACCCUAUAAGGUGUAUAUGUAUAUGUAUAAAUGAUCAGUAUGUCGAGCUGAGUCGAUUUAGCCACGUCCGUAUGUUUGUCCGUCCGUCCGUCUGUCUGUAUAUAUACGAACUAGUCCCUUAGUUUUUAAAAUAUCGUUUUGCAAACGUCAUUUUCUCUUCAAGAAGCUGCUCAUUUGUCGGAACUGCCGAUACCGGACCACUAUUACAUAUAGCUGCCAUACAAACUGAACGAUCGGAAUCAAGUUCUUGUAUGGAAAACUUUCACAUUUCACAAUGUACUUUCACAAAAGUUGGCACAACAACAAUGUAAUCUCCGAAGAAAUUGUUCAUAUCGGAUUACUAUAGCAUAUAGCUGCCAUACAAACUGAAUGAUCGGGAUCAAAUGCUUGCAUGGGGAACUUCCUCAUUUGACGAUAUAUCUUCACGAAAUUUGGUAUGAGUUAUUGUUUAUAGAAAUAUUGUAAUAUCAGAAGAAAUUGUUCAGAUCGGAUUACUAUAGCAUAUAGCUGCCUUACAAACCGAACGAUCGGAAUAAAGGGCUUGUAUGGCAAACUUUCGCAUUUGACGUGGUUUCUUCACGAAAUUUGGCAUGGAUUACUGCUUAAGGUAACAAUAUAAUCUCCAAAAAAAUUGUUCAGAACGAAUUACUAUAGCAUAUAGCUUCCAUACAAACUGAACACAUAGUUACUAACAGAAAUGCACAGGUGACGGGUAUUUGGCUUCGGUGCAACCGAAGUUAACGUUUUUUCUUGUUCUAUAUAUAAUAUGUGAUUUAUAUGUAAUAUACACAAAUAAGUAGAAACCUGUCUAAAGCAAUACCUCUGGUCGAGAAAAUAUUGAAUUGAUUAUUUCAUUGCCUAAUAUUAUCAUAUAAUAUUACUUAUUUGUUUAUUAAAUUUAAAUAAGAAGUUUAUACUCUAUACUUUACACUUUGUUACGUAAUAUUAUUGUUAAGAAUUAGGUGAAUUGGUGCGAUAUGGCAUCAACGAAAUACCACGACGUCAAUGUUGAAAUAAAUGAAGGAUAGAGAUGUAAUGAGUAGUAAUGAGUAGCAAUGUUUUAGUAUUAAUUUGGAUUCGGUCAAAUAGACAUCGUUGGGUUUUCUAGCUUUCCCAACGUUAAAAAAAAUCAUGUGUUUUAUUCAAACAGUUCCUCUUAAGAGAAACAUUUGGUCCAUGUCGAGCCGGAUUUGUGAUCGGCCUCGAUAUAAAGAGGAGAUAAGAUUAAAAUACUUAAAUAUGUACGUAUGUAUCCAAGGCGAAUUUAAGAAUUCGCACUGUAUGUAUGAACCUGUGUUAAAGAGGUGAACUUUCAGGUAAAGAAUUUAAACCUAUCAUCCAGAUAGAGUGCACACUAUUUGUACUACUUUGCAUAUGUAUAUAUACAUGCGAAUAUGAGAAACAGAGUGAAACUGUAUUUAUUUGUUGCGAAUAGUCAGUGAAAUGGCAACACUUAUGUACGCAUGCUCUGUGGAAUGUGUUCGCGUGCGUGGUAAAAAAUUGAGCUAAGUUUGUAUUUUGCUUGCUGUGGCAAAGCGAAAAUAUACAUACAUAAGUACAUGGAGCAUUGCAACUCGGAGUUAAUUCGGUUUCGUUGUCAACUUUGAGAAUAGCAGUCGUAGAAAAUGCGAGAAUUUUGCGAGAAGAGUAUCCCUUAAUAAAGGAAAGGUGAAAAGAGAUGAGAAUAGAAUUCUAUAGAAUUUGUGAGAGAAUUAUAUGAGAAGAAGAGGAGUAGAAUAUAGCAACAUGUGAAUAUGUAUAUGUACAUAUGGAUGUGCAUAUGCUAUGGAUUACAGUCCACUAGAUGGUAUUUCUUUUUGUUAAGUUAUAUGUGCAUGCGCUUGAGUAUACAUGCCACACAUGCAUAUGUAUGUGCACAUGUAGUGGCAGUCAAAGUGGCUAAAAGAAAACAAGAGAGCGAAUGUUCUGGAAUUGGAACUUAUUCUAUAUUUCUUGCUUAUAAGAUGGAGUGAAAAGGUAAAAGAUUGAAAGAGUAGCAGAAGCAUCGUGAUACGUAUAUAUGUAUAUAUACAUAUGUAGAUACUGGCGUCGCCUACGUAGUUUGACGAUGAAAUUAUUUGUUAAAAUGUAGAAAGGACAGUUGGUGACAAGAAGCACAAGGUGAAUAUAAGUUAACACAGUGGUUCACACCCUCAGCUAAUUCCCACCGUUGGUCAAUAGCUGGAAACUUUAAACCACCCAAUUGCUGACACUGCAUCAGCAAUAUCAGUUAGUGACUCCACACGCGCGUCCGUUCAAUUGCUGACGCCGCAACUGUUGGCAACGUGACCAGGUACAGGCUUAGGUUUAAUUUAGACUUAAGAAAUAAUUUGUAAUUAGUUUUUAGACAGCAAUUAAUAAAGAAAGACUGCGGACGCGAGUCCGCUAGUUUUUAAAAAUUAAACCAAUAAAAUAAAAAUUUAACUUAUACAGAGAAGCUGGAAGUUUAUUACGCACGUUUUGUAGAUGCACACGAGAUGCAGUUGGAUCAGGACCGUGCACAAGUCAAUGAACAUGACGAGAUCGCAGUUUUAGUGGAGUCGCGCUAUUUUACAGCACAAGCCCUGUUGGCUGCUAAGGUUAAGGAGCUAACACCAAUGCCGAUUGUACUGGAGCAGCAACCUAUGGCGGUGCAGGUAAACAUGCCAUACCAACAACAUGACUUAAAAAAUACUUGGUGUAAUUUUGAUGGCACAUUAACGAUGUGGCCUGGGUUCCGUGAUCGGUUCUCUGCUGCCAUACACGAAAAUAGAUAUGUUUCACCAGCUUUCAAAUUUUCUUACUUAAAAAAAUCACUCGUUGGUGGAGCUGCACAAAUGGCAGCUUACGGAUGAUAAUUACAUAGAGGCGUGGGGAUCGCCACAAGCAGUUGUAUGAUCGCAAGUAUCCGAUUUGUCGUGAACAUUUACGACAGUUUAAUCGUCUACCAGUUAUAGGAGGGGUACCGCGAGCGCAUGAGCUUCAGCGAAUGUCUAAUGUGACACAUAAGAUGUUGCGGCAACUCCGAGCUCAAGGAGUCCCAGUCGAGUCUUGGGAUAUGAUAAUUGUUCAUAUGUUGCAUGAAAGGUUAGAUCCAGAUACGAGUAGGCUGUGGGAACUACAACGAGAUACAGAAACCCCAACUGUUAAACUGAUGUUAGAUUUCUUGGAUCGUCAAGCAGCAGCUUUAGCUAAUGUAACAGAUGCACGUUAUUCACGGUCACAAGACGUCAAGGUAGUUUUUAACAACGACCGAAGCACAGGUAGUAAACGGGAACGUGUAGCGAAAGGUGAAAACUUCCACCAAAGCAGGUCGUUAGGUAAAAGAUCAUUUCCAUGCAUUGGUUGUGGUGGCGAUCAUCCACUAUGGACGUGCGAUGACUUUAUCGCACUCAAUUUGAGAUCUCGUGAAGAGUUUGUGAGAAGAACGAUAUCUGUCAGAAUUGUUUUAAGAAGGGGCACGGAGCUGGUAAUUUCUUUCAAAAAGGUGUUCUCGUUGUCCAGGGCAGACUAAACAUAACAGCUUGCUUUGUCCGAUGAGGGAGGUGGUAAAACAAGCACUAACGGUUAAGGUUGAUGAACCUUAUCGCAGGCGCAAGUUAAAAGGCAAAUGUGGAGCAACAAGCACUAAACGGCGUCGUAGCGCAGAAAUUGGAUAUGCUCAUCCUGUGCAAUCAAAUAUCGCAGAGGACCUUGUUGCCAUUAAUGAGGUGAUCAAGAUAGUCGACAUGCAAAUGAGAAAUAAACUCAAAUGUUGAUUAUUCUACGAGUUUUAUUUUCAAUUUAGAUUCGAGGCCAGCCUUGUUGCCUACUAUAUCUGUAAGACUGGAAGCAAAUGGUCAUGUUUUCGGACCAGUUCGAGCGCUACUAGAUUGCGACGCACAACCAAACUUUGUUGCUGGCAGUCUCAGUGACAGAUGUCAGUUUCCAAUCUUACCAACAUCGCACAAGAUGGUCGGUAUAGAGGGGAAAUCCUUUGGAGUCAAUCGACGUACAGUGCUGAAGAUAAGGCCAUGGUUCCAAUCAAAUGGGUACAUAGGAGGAGUUUUGGAUUCUACCAAAGGAAAACAAUUGGCAACCGAUCCUACCUAAUGCUGAUUGUAAGUUGGAACCAGCGUCAGUUUCAUUUUCUGUACCGCUUGCUGAUCCGCAUUAUUGGAAACCUGGCAUAGUGCAAGUGGUGCUCAAUGUUAAGACCUUUGCAAAAAUUUUAAUAGCCGUACACUCACACAACUCUGAUGGAAUGGUAUAUCUUGAGACACAUUUAGGUAUGGUUGUAUGUGGAUCGCAUGAAAGACAAAGCAGUAUCGAAACUGGGAAUUCGAUGUAAUAUAUAUGUUGUACAAGCAUUGAGGAAUUGGGUGAGUUGGUCAGGCGAUUCUGGCAGCUUGAUCAAGUGGCUACAUUUUAUAAGCGGACUGAAGAAGAAGAAAGCGUUGAGAAAAUAUUUGCUGAGGUUUGUCGUUUCAAUCCCGUUAAGAGAAAAUAUUGGCGAUAUUGGAGCUUCAAGAGAGAUAGCGUUGCGGCGAUUUAUGUUUUUAGAGAAAAGAUUAGACAAGAAUCCGGAGCUUAAGAAGCAAUAUGUCGACUUUAUGAGGGAGUAUGAGACGUCGGGGCAUAUGGAACUAGUAUCGAGGGCCGCUAAACCAGGUGAUUUAGUGUAUCAUAUUCCACAUCACUGUGUCACAAAAAAGUUCAGGAUGGUGUUCGAUGCUAGCUGCCGUACAUAUAAGGGUAUCUCUCUCAAUGAAGUGCAAAUGCUUGGUGAAAAGUUACAGAGGGAUCUAGCGGAGAUAGUCUUGAGAUUUCGUAGGCAUAAAAUUGGCAUCAUAGGCGACAUACAAAAGAUGUUCCGGCAAGUGCGUACAGUCCAAAAUCAAUGGGACUUGCAACGGAUUUUUUGGAGGCUGAAGGUUGUUACAUAUGGUAUGACAUCAUCAGCGUUUAAUGCUGUUCGCGCAGUAAUACAGUGCGCCAGAGAUGCAGCAAAAGACUUCCCAGAUGCCUCUAAAGUAAUUGAAAAUGAUUUGUACAUGGAUGACUGCGCAUCUGGAUCCAGAAGUGAAAGCGAAGCGAUAAAAUUGGCAAAAGAUAUUGAUCAUGUUCUGAAAGGUGGUGGUUUCGAAAUGAAGAAGUGGAAGUCAAAUUCAAAAAAGCUUAUCGAGCAAAUGAGGUUAGGAGAAGAAGAAGCGUCCUUCAUGUUUGUGGACGACGAGAAAGCAUCGGUCUUAGGGCUGAAAUGGAAAGUCAAUCAGGAUCAGUUUAAGAUUGUGGUCAAGAUUCCAGAACUAGAAGGUGUGAUCACCAAGAGAAAGAUAUUAGGCUGUGUAGCUCAGCUUUAUGAUCCAAAUGGUUUCAUUUCCCCGGUUACUAUUUUUGGCAAAAUACUUAUACAAGACCUGUGGCGCAUCGGUUUAGAUUGGGACGAGCCUGUACCUGAGGAGAUAGGGACAAGGUUUAAAAACCAUUGGCAGGAAAUCAGGCUUCUGGAAAAUUUCGCGCUCGACAGAUGGAUCGGUACAGAUACAGAUGAGAAAACUGAAAUACACGGAUUUUCCGAUGCGUCAACGACGGCAUAUGGUGCUGUGAUCUAUAUUCGAAAGGCGCAAGGAGAUGGACAGGUCAAAAUUACAUUGCUUGUAUCCAAAACCCGUGUUGCGCCAAUGAAAACCGUUACGGUACCAAGACUUGAGUUAGCGGCUGCAGAAUUGUUAUCACGCAAUGGAAUUUACUGAAGUUGACUACACCUUGUGGACAGACUCGCAAGUGGUGCUACAUUGGAUAAAAAAGAUACCACGCAACCUGAAGACGUUUGUGGUAAAUCGGGUAUCAUCGAUACGGACAAAUACUGAUGUGAAGAAAUGGAGAUAUGUCAAUACUAAAGAUAAUCUAGCUGAUUUACUAAGGCGUGGGAUGAAUCCCUCUGAGAUUGUACACGAAGACUUAUGGGUGCAAGGUCCGAACUGAUUGUCGCUAGCUCCAGAAAAGUGGCCACAGUGUGUGUUUCUGCCAAACACAGUGGGGGAAGCUGAAGUUGAAUUCAGAGCCUUUGCGGUUACAGAUUUCAAGGAAUCAAUCCACAUUACAAUGCGUACAGAUAGGAAUAGAGUUGCGUUAAUUGAAUAUGUCGACAAAUUACAAAGAGCGUUAGAUAUCGUGGCGUAUUUGUUCAAAUUCAUAUCAAAUGUAAAAGUCCGCUUAGCAGUUAGGCGAUCAAAAAGAAGAGAAAAGUUACAUUUAGUGCCGGAUAAUGAGCACAGAACACAAGGAAUGAAAUUUCUGUUGAGACAAGAACAAGAGCAAUAUUACAACAAAGAAAUUACGAAUUUGGAAGUUGGUCGACGAAUUCCAGAGAAAAGUAAGAUUGAGUCUUUGAAACCUGUGAUGAUGAACGGACUACUCAGAGUGCAUGGUUGAUUAAAAAACUCAAAUUUAGAAGAAAGUAUGCGACACCCAGUGAUAGUUCCGGAUGGUUCACGAUUAGCGUGGCUAAUAAAGGAUCACGCACAUAGCGAAACGAAACACGGUGGGGUUCAAAUUAUGAUGCAGUUUAUUAGUCAGAACUACUGGAUUCCGCGCCUACGUAGUGCACUUAGGAAAUACCUGCACAGAUGUGUUAUCUGCGUGCGACAUAUCAUCGUACUGAGGUUCAAAUGAUGGCAGACUUACCCCCUGAUCGAGUAAGAGCAGGAAGCCUUUUUUGCACACAGGUGUGGAUUAUGCUGGGCCGAUGGAGAUUAAGAUGAUUGACAGGGAUGAAAAUCAGCUUAUAAAACAGGUGUGGAUUGCGGUUUUUGUAUGUUUCAAAACAAGAGCAGUUCACCUAGAUGUGGGGACAGACUUAACGUCAGUGGCAUUCAUUGCCUGUUAUGAACGAUUUAUUGCACGGCGCAGUCGAAGUGAAAGCGAUAUGGUACAGCGUUUGUAGGUGCAGCUAGAGAAAUACGUAAAGCAACGGAGGUAUGGUACCAAAAGGAACUAUUUCAGCAUCUGAGUGGGAAAGGAACGGAAUGGCGGUUUAUGACCCCUGCAGCGCCCCAUCAAGGUGGCAUUUAUGUGGCGGCAGUAAAGUCCAUGAAGUAUCAUUUUAUUCGAACCAUUGGUAUUCGAGUCCUCUCUUUUGAGCAACUAUCAACUUUACUUACUCAAAUCGAAGCGAUACAGAGAGAUAGGCUAUUAUCAAGACGUUUUGGGUCAGAUGGCAGAACGAAUAUUUGACUACACUGCAACAGCGCAAGAAGUGGCGACGAGAAUCCGAACGAGUGCGAUUGGGGCAGCUAGUGCUGAUUAAAUGUGAAAAUUUCCCACCUGCACAAUGGGCAAUAGGCCGUAUAAUAGAACUUUGUCCAAGUAGGGAUGGUGCGUCGGUGGCAAUUCAAACUGCGACGAAUAUCUUGCGCAGGUCAGUCCAGAAGAUAUGUAUCCUGCCUAUAGACACAGAAGGUAAAUAGAAUUUGAGACCAGACCAGGGAGUUAUUGUUACCGGUUAUCUUUGAAAAACUUAUGGUUUUUCGGUGGGGCUGUUAAGAAUUAGGUGAAUUGGUGCGAUAUGGCAUCAACGAAAUACCACGACGUCAAUGUUGAAAUGUUGAAGGAUAGAGAUGUAAUGAGUAGUAAUGAGUAGCAAUGUUUUAGUAUUAAUUUGGAUUCGGUCAAAUAAACAUCGUUGGGUUUUCUAGCUUUCCCAACGUUAAAAAAAAAUCAUGUGUUUUAUUCAAACAGUUCCUCUUAAGAGAAACAAUUAUAAUAUAAUAUUAUUAACAUUUGAGUUUUGGUUAUAAAGUGGUUUUAUUUUGAUUAUCAUGCACUCAUAUUAAAACAUAUUGUAAUUUGAGUUUUCGUUAUAAAAUAGUUUAAUAUUGGUUAUUAUAUCUGCCAGCGAUUGUCAUUUCUUUUGAUGAUACGUUGUUUUGUGAUUUAGGUGACUAAAUAUAUAAUAUUGUUAUAUAAUAUUACCUAUUUGUUUAUUAAAUUUAAAAAAGAAAAUAUCGAUAUGCAUGAACAAAGGAAUUUUCGCGAAAAAGAGGAAUUUCAGCGAACUGCCUAGUUAUCGUAUGGCAGCGCUGCAUUUCGUCGUAAUUGUUGGCACAUAAAUGUUCUCCAUUACGAUUGUAAGAUGUAAUUUUUAAAAUAAAGAUUUAUUACGUAAAAAACAUGCAAAAAGUGUAAAAUAUGGAUUUACUUAUAUGUUUAUAGUUUAAUUUAAUUAAUUUGAAGUGAAAAAUGUGCUAGAGUGUGCAAAACGUGGUAAAAUAGAAUGCCGAAAUGUUCGAAUUUAGGGAAUUUUUAAACUUUAAAGUCGAAAAUAUCGUAAGCUAAGUGUUUGCGGUACCUAUAACUCUGUACAUUUUUUAAUCAGGAGGACUUUAUCUUUCUAAUGGUACCUUCAGAUCGCGGCGCCAAAGAAAUCGGAAUUGUGCCUAUA